CCGACCGAAACCAGAACCUCGACAACAUACUUCUACACCAAAUUUCCUGUGACAUAUCGUCUUCGCACACUACGUCUUCAUCAUGUCUGAAACUCAAACUGAAGAAGUUCGUGCCUCAGUUCCCAUGGAGACCAAGGUUGAAGUUGUCAAAGCCGAGAAGAAGCCAUUCUCCUGGCUCGAACCGCACCCCACGUUUGUCAUCAUCCUCGUUGGUCCUGAUGAGACUCCUUUCGGUAUACAGAAAGAUUUCCUCUGCUCUCGAUCCGAGUUCUACGAAAAACAUUUUUCAGAAACCAACUCCGACGACAAGAUUGAGCACAUAGUCAAGCUUCCUGAGACCACAAAGGAGAUAUUUGGCCUGGCUCAACACUUCCUUUACACGGACAAGGUGAUUGCGGAUGAGGCUAAUGUCCCAUCGUAUGAGGCUUUUGUUGGACUUUGGAAGCUUGGUCAUAAACUCAAUAUCAAGGGAUUAUGUGACAAAGCUCUUACCGCUAUGAUCGACUGUCGUCGAAUCACGGAAUCGAUUCCAGCUACACCCCUUCUCAUCCAGGUCUGGAAGGAUACACCUGAGGGCUCAUCGAUUCGAAAGCUGCUGUUGUCAUGGACCGCCGAGUACAUGCGCUUUUCGGACGCCCGAGCAGAAUUUGCCAAGUCACUACCCCAGGAGGUUCUCAGUGAGCUUGUAGUUGCCAUGAGCUCCUUCGACACGGCUCUCACCCCCGAAGCAUCGGCCACUAGUACUCUCCCAUCUGUGACACCUCGCAAAAACGUUCAUUACCUGGAGGACGAGCCCGAGAAUGAUGCGAAGAAGAGCAGACGAACGAGCGGUGGACCAGUCAGCGCUCCCGCAUCAGCAGAUCGAUCGAUCAAAGCUCGUGGAUCUUUGCCCAAGCCCGCGCCUCGACGUAGGACUAGCGCUGGCUAUGCCGAGGGCCGAGACUUUACUACAUCACAAAAGUUGGAUUUCUGCGCAGAUCUGUUGACAAGAAUGUUGUCCGGACCCGGGUUCUGGACCAGACUCGUUGGCCCCUUUAGAGACGCUGUCGAGCCCGUCGAGGAUGGCGUGCCUGACUAUUUCGAGAAGGUCAAACGACCAAUGGACCUUACCACGAUCAAGGCCAAAAUGGACCGCAAGGAGUAUACCAACGACGAAGAGUUCCUUGCAGACGUCCGUCAGAUUUUUGACAACUGCUUCACAUAUUGGAAGAAGGGAGACCCAAUGUGGCUUGCGGGGGAGAAACUCCAAAAGACAUUCGAGGACAAGUUCUCCCACAUGAACAAAUGGAUUGCCAAGAUGGGUGGCGAUGAGGCCGACUAGAUGGGAGCUCUAUCGCGAAGAUCCACUAGGAUUCAAGGAGAACCCCCAUCUCAGACGGAUGGACACCAAGGUGAUGUUUGAAACACCUGUAUUAUAUAUAUAUAUGUGGUGCUUCCUGGCCAUCUUGUACCAGACAGCGGUUAGGAGACUAUAGGAUGGGGAUAAGUGCUUGUGCUAGUAUGUAAGGUAAUGUGUUUCUUUCGGGCGUCUCUGGGAGGUCUGGUAAAAGGGGAGUCGGAUCUUUUUGUCCGCUCACAGUGCAAUAGCCCGAGUAAUUGAUUUAUUAAACCUGGUUAACGUGGUCGAUCGAUGCAUUAGCUGAUGAU